CUACCACCUCGUCCCCACCUUCUUCUCAUUUUCCGCUUCAGUCGACCUCAGUCCUCCUUCUCGCUCUCUCUCGUACAGGAUCCCCGUCUCCUAUUCUGUUUCUUACUCACAGGAAUUUCCAGUCAGGGUUUGUAAUUGUCACUCUUCGUUUUUAGACUUCUUCUUAGCUUUAACUCCCAGCUAUGGCUCGCUAUGCUGUUCUCGCCUUCGCCCUUCUCGCUCUCUUCGCCGUGUGCCACGCGCGGCCCGCGCCACUCGACGACGAUAUCACUGACAACAAUGUUGUUCCAGACCUCAAGGGCCUCUCCCGGGAGAAAAUCCAGGAGCUCGCGCUGACCGAUAUGGCGGCGUGGGACGAGGAGGACAACGGCGUGACCGCCGCUGAGGCCGAUAAGAUCGUUAUUGAUGAGGAUAACACCGUCGCUACCGUUGAGGAUGCUGCUGACGACUCCGACAAUACCGUGGCUGCCACUAGCGAGGAUGUCGCCGAUUCGGAUAACUCCGUCGUUGCGUCGUCUGCCGAGGCUGUUGAUGACGACAACACCGUGGCUGUUGCCGAGCCUGCUGACUCUGACAACACCGUGGCUGUGGUGGCUGCCGAGCCUGAGGAUGACGUGGUUGCCGUGAUGCCCGAGGACAACGUCGCCACCGCCUCCGCCGUCAACGCGCAGCCGAUUGACAUGGCCAUCGCCAUGGUUGUGUAAAGGAUACUUAGCUUCUUGUUUUUUUAAUGUCUUGUACGAAACGUUCCUUUAUUGUACUGUAUUGAGAACAAAUAGAAUACGAGGUUAUCUCCAACUUCCGGUUCCUGUACUGUCUAACAAAACCAUCCAAUGCUUAUUGUGUGCUGCGCCUGAGCACCUUUCACUACCUGACCUCAUGAACCAGCAAGCGGUGUUGGACUGCCUGGCGUGAAGGUGAGGGUCCGUCCGACGUAACACCAGCUGGCGAUAACGAAAGGCUGCUCGACUCUUGAGUUUCAUGUCUACCUCUCGGGGGCACUAAGCGCCAGCUUCCUGUGUCUCUACACUGCAGCAUCAUAUCAUGUUCUUCGUCCUGCAGUUGGAGCCAAGGAGGUGAAUUAGGUGAAUCAUGUCAUCGAGGUUUGGGCGUCAAUGAGAAGUACAGUGUUGCUCUUUACGUUGUAUUUGACAAAAUUAUGCUGCAACAACUUGGGUGAAUUAUGCUCGUCACA